ACUAAAUAUUUACUUCCUGCACCGACAUCCGCAGUGGCAGCCAGUACAUAUUGUCUCUCUUUCCAUGCUUUGCGACUCUUGUCUAUAGAAUGGAAUCGGGUGAUGCAGUUUCUCUCGCUACUUCUUUCCCCCUCCCGUUUCGCGUGCUAUUUCUGAUCGGCUUGGGCAUACUAGCAUGGGCGAUCAACCUUCACGGAUUGCACCUGCUCGGGAUUGAUGCAUCGUCAGCACUAGAGUUGCACUCCGGUCGUAUUUUUUUGCCUACCACCUCUCCGCCUUCACGAGCACAUUCGUCUGCACGAGUGUCUUAUAUGCCCGUAUAUCGUCUAUUCAUGACAUAUGCAACUUGGUGUUUUGUCGGAUGGUCUUUCUUCAGACUCGCCACUCACUCGAACACUAUACUUGUGGAUGCCUUCAAAUACAUCCCUGCAGUAUGCUCUUUGGGUGUACUAAUAGCACUGAUAUGCCCGUACGAAAUGUGUCAAAAACGCGAGCGAGAUCUGUUCUUCCAGAGCGCUGCAAGAUGCCUCUUCUCUUCGGUGAAUAGCCCAGUGUAUUUUUCGGACGUUGUCUUCGCAGAUGUGUUCACGUCAUUCGCAAAAGUCCUCGGCGAUGUUUGGCUUUCUCUGUGCAUGCUACUUCCAGGCGGGAGUCUUUUGUCUCUCCCAUCCCUCGAUGGCAUAUCUCAAUGGAUACUUCCAACCCUGAUGAGUUUACCGUACCUAAUUCGCUUCCGCCAGUGCAUAAUUGAGCACCGGUCUCCUACCAACGCCAGUAAGCGACCCCUCUUUAAUGCACUAAAAUAUGCAUCGUCGUUCCCGGUGAUAUUCCUCUCUGCCGCUCAAAGAAUUGUGGUCUUAGAGCUCGCAGAAGGGAAGGGUGAAUCGGUCACGCAGGAGUCAUGGCACGGUGAACAUCCCUUAUUUCGCCUAUGGCUUCUAGCUGCGCUUUUAAACUCGCUGUAUUCCUUCUGGUGGGAUCUAACCAAUGAUUGGGGUCUUAACCUUCUAAAGCCGCAACCUGCGGAGUCACGAAUUAGCGCCCCGCGACCCCUUGUGUUCCCGUCUCUCCAUUCGAAAGCCGCUUCCAUUUCUGGCUCUCCCGAUGUCACACAAUCUCACCCAUCUUCCAGUCACCAAGUUCUUGGUGGUGCAAUAUACCGUCAUCAGUCAUACCCUUAUGGACUUCGACCAGUGCUCCUCUACCCACUUCCCGUAUAUCCCUUGGUUGUGUUCUUCAACCUCGUGCUCCGUAUGACAUGGUCGAUGAAGCUCUCAAGUCAUCUAUAUUCUCAGUCGGAAGGAAGUGCCCUUAUGCUCUGGCUUGAGGUCGCGGAAAUCCUGCGACGCUGGAUGUGGGUCUUCAUUCGGGUGGAAUGGGAGGUCGUGAAGAAUGCACAACACAGAUCACAGACAUCCAACAGCACUGCACCAGAGGAGGUUGAGUUGAUGCCAUCAAACCGGUCUGAUCCUAUGGAUGAUUAGGUACUCCGAAUCAGAAUGCUCGGGGUAGUAUUGUAUGUAGUGAGCAAUCGGGUUCGCUGGUCAGGAACCAUAAUAAUAUACUAAUAGAUCACCUCACAGUAUAGCUUUGCGGGCAUCAGUUAAUAAUACCUCACAGAGGCUGACACCGACAAUGGGGAGUUCCCAUUGUCCUC